AUGAUGAUGAUGAUAAUGGAUGAUGAUGAUGAUGAUGAUGAUGAUCGAGAUGAUGACAACAGUACCGAUGAUAGCAAUGACAUGAGAAUAAAGAGAGAAAGCUUAGGCGAUGUUAGAAUGCCGAAAGUAUUUGAUCAAUCACAACAAGGAAUACGAAAGCAUUUUCAAUAUCAACAACGAUAUCCAUCAUAUUUACAAGAUUUUAAAAAAAUCAAUCCGAUACUAGCAAAUAAUCCUGGGGCAAAAUUUAAAAAUAUUCCGGUAAAUAAUCUUAAUGAUACUGUUGGUGCAUUGGUGACAAUUCAAUUGCAACAAUAUAGCAAUCCUAAUCUUGCAUUACCUAAUGGUAAUACCUGUGCUUGUCCAUCAGGUAUACAAUGCCCAUAUCUUCAACAGGGUACUACAACAUGCUUCUUCUCUUUUACAAUCAUAAUAUCAGCAUCAAACCAAUCAACGCAAAUAAUUGAAAGUCCAUUUAUAAUGGUACCAAAAUCUCCCAUUAAUUCCGGUAUUUGGGCAAAUGAUAACAUUGUAAAUAUGACGGUUAAACCGAAUACAAUUGAUAUCAUUAUUCAUCAUCUUGGCGUAGUAAUCAAUCAAGCAACGGGAAGUUUGAAAUAUUUCAAUCAUUUAAUACCAAUUGAUACAUUUGUUAUUUCAUUAGAUAAUUAUCAGGCAACAUCAUAUGGUACUACACCAAAUAUCAUACAACAAACAAUUAUUGGUCAAAUUUUAGGAACAACUUUGCAACUUUCAUACUAUGUUCAAUGUAUAGAUAAUAAAUAUGGUCCAGAUUGUGAUCUGAAAUGCAAACCAGCAUCAACUAACAAUUUGCAUGCAGUAUGUAUAUCAAUCAUUACAGGAAUGAAACAUUCUUGCAAAUAUGCAAGCGAUUCAAGAAAGAUAUUUAAUUGUACACCAUGCCCAUAUGGUUUAGCAACGAAUCAAACGAAAUGUAAUACAUCGAACAUUGAUCCAAUUAUUUUAAAUCUCGUCUCACCAACAUUCCGUAUUUGGACUAUUGUACUUGGCUGUCUUCUUGGUAUUGCAAUAAUCUUCAUCAUUGUACUUGUUAUCAUAUUUACGACGAUGGAAAAUUGUAAUAAAGCAAAACUGAUAUCACGUAAUCGACGUCACGUUAGAAACACGUACAGUACAACGUAUAGAACGCAUCCAAAUAAGACAUUACUAUCUCGAGAACAUGAUGAAUGGCAGCGUAGUAAAAUUAAAGCUACGACAAGAGAUAGUGGCUUUUCUUCACGUACCACAACAUUCGAAGAACCAAUUGAGGAUCAAAAUAUUUGCAAUAAUAUUGCACCAGUUGUAAGACGAGAAGCACACGUAUGA